UAAGCGGAUGCCACUAGCAUGGCGCGUCACCCCAAUAACACCAACCGUGCCCUGGCCGCGUCUCCAUCGCAAUACCCUGUAGCGGGACUAGUGCCUCGAGUUCGGUAGAUAAAGGCUGCACGAAGAGCGGGAAGCUCCUACUUUCUCAUUGUCCCCGACUGUCAAAAAGUAUUCAGGGAGUCCCAUCAUAUCACCAGAAAUCCAAGUGUACGCCCUGACUCGAUAACUUUUGACCAACACAGCCGAUAUUUCUCUCGGGUUAUGAUCUUCGCCGUCUCACUUUCCCUAUCUGUCUUCGGCAUACUAUCUUGCGCUGUGCACGUGGUGCUCUUCCCCUCUGGCUGACCUCUCGUUAAGGUAAUCUCUCGCUCAACGGCCGCCUCCCUUUCCCCGCAUCCAUUCCUGCCGUGAAGCAGACGCUCACGCAACCGGGAAUACGUGACGUCAUCCUCAGCAGCUUGUUUAUAUGUCUCGCAGCUCAACAGCCGGUGUGUAGCUCAGCAGCAACAGCGCCGACGACCAUGAGGAUCGCCAUCAUCGGCCAGAGCGCCUUCGCCAGCGAGGUGUUGAAGCUGCUGCAGAAGAACGGCCACGAGAUCGUCGGCGUCUUCACCGUGCCCGACAAGGAUGGCCGGGAGGACGCGUUGGCGACCACGGCGUCGGCUUGCGGCGUGGAGCGCGUGGUCAAGCUGGCGCGCUGGCGAGCCAAGGGCGGCGGUGGUGUGCUGCCCGAAGUGAUGCGCACCUACGAGGAGGCCCGGGCGGAGCUCAACGUGCUACCUUUCUGCAGCCAGUUCAUACCCAUGGAGGUGAUCACGUGGCCCAAGCAUCAGUCGAUCGUGUACCACCCGUCUCUGCUACCGCGCCACAGGGGCGCCUCGUCUGUGAACUGGACCUUGAUCGAGGGCGACGCCAAGGGGGGCCUGAGCGUGUUCUGGGCCGACGACGGUCUGGACACGGGUCCUCUGCUUCUGCAGCGAGAGUGCGACGUGCUGCCCGACGAUACGGUCGACUCGCUCUACGCGCGGUUCCUCUUCCCCGAAGGAGUCAAGGCCAUGGGCGAGGCAGUGGAGCUGAUAGCCUCCGGCAAGGCACCGCGUAUCGUGCAGCCCGCCGAAGGCGCCACCUAUGACCCGAUGCUGAACAAGCGGGAGCUGCGACGCGUGGACUUCUCCAAGCUGACGGGCCAGGCGUUGCACAACUUCAUCCGGGGCAUGGACAAGGUGCCCGGCGCAUGGAUCACCCUCGAGGGACAGGCGACGCGCGUCUACGGCUCGAGCCUGUGGCCCUCCGUUCCCGUGGAAGGUGCUCGGCAGGUUUCAGUGGAAGGCAUGUCCCGGCCCGGACUGGUGCACGGCGAGGGUCUGCUGCUGUGCGGCUGCGACGGCGUCUGGGUCAACGUGCGACAGCUGGCCUCGGAGGAGACGGGACGCGUCAGCCUCGCCUCACGCUUCGGUCAGCAGCAGGCCGACGGCGAGGCGCUGGAGCUCACCGACGAGGAGAGGGCUCUGGUCGACAAGCUGAGGGGUAUCUGGAAGAGCAUCCUACGCCGUGACGUCGACGACGAGACGGACCUGUUCGAGUGCGGCGCCGGCUCCAUGGACGUGACGCGGCUCGUCGAAGAGGCGCGCGACGCCUGCGGCCUCCAGUUGGCCGCCGAGGACGUCUACCUGGCGUCGCGGUUUGCGGACUUCGUGCGCGUCGCGGUGCUCAAGGCGCGCGGGCAGGGCUCUGGCGGCGACGAGGUCUCCUACGACGCGGUCGAGCUCCAGGCUAACGGCAGGACAAUUCGUGUGCCGCACCAGCUCUUCAUCGACGGCAAGUUCGUGAACAGCUCGUGGGGACGCAGCUCAGAGGUGGUGAACCCGACGGACGAGAGCGUGCUGUGUCGGGUCGAGAGCGCCUCGUCCGAGGACGUGGACCGCGCGGUGGACGCGGCCAAGGCGGCCUUCGAGCAGGGCGAGUGGGGCCGCAUGAGUGCCCGGGACCGAGGACGCCUGCUGCUGCGGCUCGCCGACCUGAUGGAGCAGCACCGCGAGGAACUGGCCACCAUCGAGUCGCUGGACUCGGGCGCCGUGUACACGCUGGCCCUGAAGACGCACGUGGGCAUGUCCAUCGACGUGUUCCGCUACUUCGCCGGCUGGUGCGACAAGGUGCAAGGCAGCACGGUGCCCGUGAGCCACGCCAGGCCGCGCAAGAACCUCACCUUCACCCGCUGGGAGCCCAUCGGCGUGUGCGGCAUCAUCACCCCGUGGAACUACCCGCUCAUGAUGGUGGCGUGGAAGAGCGCCGCCUGCCUGGCCGCGGGCAACACGCUCGUGCUCAAGCCCGCCCAGGUGUGUCCGCUCACGGCUCUCAAGCUGGCCGAGCUCACGGUGCGCGCCGGCAUCCCGCCGGGCGUCUUCAACGUGCUCACGGGCUCCGGCACCGUCGUGGGACAGGCCAUGUGCGGACACCCCCUGCUCAGAAAGGUGGCGUUCACGGGCUCUACAGAGGUGGGCCGUGCCAUCAUGUCGAGUUGCGCCGCUCCGUACCUGAAGCGCGUCUCGCUAGAACUCGGGGGAAAGUCGCCGCUCAUCAUAUUCGCCGACUGCGACCUGGACCUGGCCGUGCGCCAGGGCCUGAACAGCGUGUUCUUCAACAAGGGCGAGAACUGCAUCGCCGCCGGCCGCCUGUUCGUCGAGGAGUCGCUGCACGACCGCUUCGUCGAGCGCGUCGUCGCCGAGGCCCGCAAGAUCGUCACGGGAGACCCACUCGACCGCAGCACCUGGCACGGUCCGCAGAACCACAAGCAGCACCUGGACAAGCUGCUGGACUACGUCCAGAGAGCCGUGGCCGAUGGCGCCAAGCUGGUCCACGGAGGCAGGAGGCUUCCGAGACCGGGUCUCUUCCUCGAGCCGACCAUCAUCGUGGACGUGGAGGACCACAUGGCGGCCGCCAAGGAAGAGUCGUUCGGCCCGAUCAUGCUCGUCUCUCGCUUCCGGGACGGAGACGUCGAGGGCGUGUUGAGGCGCGCCAACGCCACGGAGUACGGACUCGCGUCGGGAGUCUUCACGCGCGACCUCAGCAAGGCCCUGCGCGUGGCGGACGCGCUGCAGGCCGGAACGUGCUUCAUCAACUGCUACAACAAGACGGACGUGGCGGCGCCUUUCGGCGGAUUCAAGCAGUCCGGAUACGGCAAGGACUUGGGUCACGAGGCGCUCAAGGACUAUCUGCAGCUCAAGUGCGUCACCGUCGAGUACUAGCGUUCUCACUUCCUCCGCACACGCUGACCGUUGUUGACGAAUAAUCUCAAAUGGACUCGACUGGGCCCACCGGCUCGUGUAUACGUCAGCAGCAAGCACACACACACACACUAACAUGUCAGGAUUGGAUGGUAGAAAAAUAUAAUUGCCAGCGCACACUUACAACUAAGGAUGUUCAGGAGCACAAGAAUGUCAUCGUCGACACACAGACUGUAUUUCCGUGGAAUAAAUGCACAAGCCUAUUCUUCUACGGGGGAAAAAAGGCCGUAUACACAGAUGUGCCUGCAUCUCUUUUCUAACCUGACAAACCUUGUUCUCAUUUCGCUUCUUCGACUGUUUGGCGCAAUAAAAAGCGUGAGGGUGGCGCGCUUGUAUUCGCUGGAAUAAGACUACAAUGUCAGCUAAAGAAAUACCUUUUGUGGGAACUAGCGGUGAGCAAAUCUUCGAAAUUUUGAAUACGAAACGAUUCGUUCUGUUUCAAACGAAAGUAUUAUGUUUCAGGUUUUGGUUUUCGAUUUCUCGAAUAUUCUGUCGUGGCCGAAUAUUUGAAUGUGCAUGCGAAGGUGCACAUGCUACGGCUAUUGUGGCCUAAGCACGUGGUCGCGGGAUCAAAUCCCGGCCACCGAAGCCUCAUUUCGAUGGGGGCGAAAUACAAAAAUACCCGUGUGCUUAGAUUUAGAUGCACGUUAAAGAACCACAGGUGGUCAAAAUUAAUCCAGAGUCCCCCACUACGGCGAGCGAGAUAGUGGUUUUGGCACGUAAGACCCCCUCCCCGGCCCCCUUUUUUUUGUGCUUUCUUAAUUGUGGCCUGUCUGCCAUGAGAAAGGUCCCGCGCACUUGUUCCACCGCCCGCUUCAAGUGCGCCGCCAUGAGCCGGCCAUCCUGACUCUUGUUCAGCAUUUGCAAGCUGCCUAGAUGAAUAUACAUGAUAUAGCAUUGCUAGUAUUGAAGGCAAUAAAUCUAUAUUUUUAUCCCAUUUCCUCUCUAUGUUUGUUCUAGUAC